GAAGAACCAGUUUUCCUGCGACGUGGAGUAGAACCAGCGCGUUCCGUCUGCUCUGAGAGGAGAACUUUGUGGGUCAGCAGGGCUGCUCCUUCCUGGUUCUGUUUCCAGCUCUCCCUGCACGAUUACCUGGACCAGGUGUGUUCCUUCAAUCAGAACCCGGAGACAUCCGACCGAGCUCAUCAGCGGGGCUUGGAGAUCUGGAGGACCAGAACUGAGCAGCGUUUCUCACCUGAAGUCAACCAACCAACCAGGAUGGAGAAGCAGACGGAACCGUCCAUCAUCCGGAUCCCCCCCCACCACUACAUCCACGUCCUGGACCAGAACACCAACAUCGCCCGCGUGGAGAUCGGACCUCUCACCUACAUCCGCCAAGACAAUGAGAAAGUUCUCUUCCUGCCGGUCCGGAUGAUCAUGGUUCCGCCCCGCCACUUCUGCGUGGUGUCCAACCCCGUGGCCCGCGACGACGACAACCAGGUCCUCUUCGACCAGUCCGGACAGGCCAAGCUACGGCACGCGGACCUGGAGAUCCGGCUCACCCAAGACCCCUUCCCGCUGUACCCGGGGGAGGAGGUCAAGCAGGCCGUGACGCCGCUGCAGAUCGUCUACCCGGACACGGCGCUGCGUCUGCAGGCUCUGCUGGACUUUGAGGACGACGAGGGACUGAAACGGGUCGCUGGAGACGAGUGGCUGUUUGAGGGUCCCGGGACCUACAUUCCCAGGAAGGAGGUGGUGGUUCUGGAGACCAUCAAGGCCACCGUGAUCCGGGAGAACCAGGCCAUCCGACUGAGAGCCCGCAAAGAGGGCAAAGACCGGGGCGGCGUCCAAAGAGUCACAGGUGAGGAGUGGCUCGUCAGUAAGGUGGGGGCCUACCUGCCAGGUGCCCACGAGGAGGUCAUCGAUAUCGUCAACGCCUUCAUUCUGACUGACAAGAAAGCGCUGCACGUCCGCGCCCUGCGCCCCUUCAAGGAUGCCGGCGGCCACGAUCGCCGCACCGGCGAGGAGUGGCUGGUCACCAUGGCGGACAGAGAGGCGCACAUCCCGUCCGUGGCGGAGGAAGUGGUGGACGUGGUGGACGUGACCACGCUGAACAGCCGGCAGUACUGCGUGAUUCUGGACCCGGUCGGACCCGACGGGAAACCUCAGCUGGGCCAGAAGAAGGUGGUGAAGGGCGAACGCUCCUUCUUCCUGCAGCCGGGGGAGCAGCUGGAGAACGGCAUCCAGAACGUGUACGUGCUGUCGGAGGACGAAGGUCUGGUCCUGCGGGCGGUGGAGGCGUUCACUGACACUGAGCAUGAUGGCGAGGAGGAGGAGGAAGAUCCUGAGGAGGAGGAGCGGAGAGAGAGCGGAGCAAAGCGUUUCCGGUCCGGCGGCAUCGUGCGGCGCCCCGGAGACCGCUGGAUGCUCCGCGGCCCCAUCGAGUACGUCCCCCCCAUCAACGUGGAGGUGGUGCUGAAGCAGCACGCCAUCCCGCUGGACGAGAACGAGGGGAUCUACGUCCGGGACAUGAAGACGGGAAAGGUGCGCGCUGUCAUUGGCCACACCUACAUGCUGAACCAGGAUGAGGAGCUGUGGGAGAAGGAGCUUCCCGCCAACGUGGAGGCGCUGCUGACGUCCCGCGUCGACCCGCUGGCCGACCGCUCCACCCGCUUCCCCACAGGGGAUGGCGUGCCGAGGAACAAGACCAGGGUGGUGACCUUCAGGGUGCCCCACAACGCCGCCGUGCAGGUGUACGACUACAGGGAGAAGAGGGCCAGGGUGGUGUUCGGGCCCGAGCUGGUGAUGCUGGGACCGGACGAGCAGUUCACCAUGCUGUCGCUGUCCGGAGACAAACCCAAGAGGGCCAACGUCAUCAAGGCCAUCUGCCUGCUGCUGGGGCCCGACUUCUUCACCGACAUCAUCACCAUCGAGACGGCCGACCACGCCCGCCUGCAGCUGCAGCUCUCCUACAACUGGCAUUUCGACGUGAAGCCUGCGUCUGACGUGGCGGCGGCAGCGGCGCUCUUCUCCGUGCCGGAUUUCGUGGGCGACGCCUCCAAAGCCAUCGCCUCCCGGAUCAGAGGCGCCGUUGCCUCCGUGCAGUUUGACGACUUCCAUAAGAACUCAAACCGGAUCAUCUGCUCCGCCGUGUUCGGCUUCGAUGAGAAAAUGGCGGUCCGGUCCAGCCUUCGCUUCCCGCAGAACAACCUGAUAAUCAGCAGCGUGGACAUCCAGUCCGUGGAGCCCGUGGACCAGAGGACCCGGGACGCCCUGCAGAAGAGCGUUCAGCUCGCCAUCGAGAUCACCACCAACUCCCAGGAAGCAACCGCCAGACACGAGGCGGAACGGCUGGAGCAGGAGGCCCAGGGCAAGCUGGAGAGGCAGAAGAUCACGGACCAGGCGCAGGCAGAGAAGGCCCGCAAGGAGCUGCUGGAGCUGGAGGCCCUCAGCGCCGCCGUGGAGAGCACCGGCGCCGCAAAGGCCGAGGCUCAGUCCCGGGCUGAGGCGGCUCGCAUUCAGGGGGAGGCGGCGGUCAACGAGGCCAAGCUGAAGGCCGAGGCUAUGAGGAUCGAGGCGGAGGCGGAGCUAGAGCGCCUGGCGAAGGCUCGGGAGCAGGAGCUGAACUACAAGAAGCAGAUGGACAGCUUGGAGGUGGAGAAACAGGCUCAGCUGUCGGACAUCGAGUCCAAACGCUUCCAUAGGAUCAUGGAGAGUCUGGGCGGAGAUACGCUGAGAGAGAUCGCCAGAGCCGGACCAGAACUGCAGGUGAAGAUGCUGCAGAGUCUCGGCCUGAAGUCCACCAUCAUCACCGACGGCUCGUCACCCAUCAACCUCUUCACCACCGCCACCGGCCUGGUGGGGGCGCUGCCGGGCCAGGGACAGUCCUAGUCAGGAGGAGGAGGGACUGACACAACUGUCCUGUGUUCAUGUCAGCAGAAAUGUUUUCUUAAGCUCCGCCUCCCACGUUGUUAUAGGGAGGAAAUGGUUCUGAUUGGUGGUUGUUCAGCUGCUCUGUUGUCGUUCAGGAAGCUGAAGUUCAACAAACUGAACUGUUGGCUCAAAUGUGCCUCCAAACCGCCUGAAGCUGCAGACGGUUUCUCUGUUUUUCUUCCUCUGCCACAUUAAAACAUUUAAAAAUACGA